AUGGACAAGUAUCGUCUUGAAGGGCAUGAAUUACCCCCGUAUCUAUAUCGAAUCCAUUACCCCAAAAGCCAAACGAUCUACUCUCCAGGAAAAGGCCUUUCCGCUCCAAACACCACCAAAGCCUAUUCUGAGCAGGAUCUAAAUGAUUUCAAAGCCGACAUUGAGAAGCAGUUCAAAUCGUCCUGCAGGGAAUCGCUGCCCUUUAUAAACCUCUUCUCUAUUAUUGAGCACGCCGAGAACUGGGGGCUAAAACAGUCCUGGCGUGGGGCCCACAACGGUGAUGGUGGUGGUGGUGGUGACGAUUGGACUCUGUUCAAAAUAGACACGAAGCUCCUAGAAGCAUCGUCGGCAGAAGAACACUUUGACGAUGCGUAUCUCUGUCUCCAUGCGAUUCCGGAUUCGGCCAUUGUUGAUGCAAAGGGUCCUCGUGGGGUUCAGUUGGACAGAGACCGGCGAUACCGUGAAAGGCACGGGGGAUGGGAAGAAGAAAGCUCCACGUGUGACUCUCUCAAUUAUUACGGUAGUGAAAGCGCGGCACUCCAGGAGAUUUAUAACAAUAUCUACGAGAAGAACCAGGAGUAUAGUUGGAAUGGUUGGUAA